ACGCGCGAGCCGCGGACAUUGUAGUAAUUGGUACAAUACUACUUAAUACGUUAUCCAUUUAUUAUACAUUUUCAAGUUAUUACUUUAUUAGUUAAUUAUUUAUUAUUAUUGAUAUUAUAUAAGAUUUCCCAUCGUUAGUACUCCGGGAAGUAUUUCGAACGUUUUGUCCGGUUUUCUCGAAUUUCGUAUUAAACAMCGGCGGCUGGGUGUAUAGACGUGAAGUAUAAAAUAUCAUAAACGGUCAAAAUUUCCAUUUUCUUACCGUUAGUUUUCAAUUUUUGAUUUAAUAGUGCUGCCGUAGAUUUUUUUUUAUUAGUAAUGUCGGAUGCGAAUAACGUCAACAGGCUCGAAGAACUCGGCAAAAUGAAGGUCAAUGAUUUGAAGAAAGAAUUGAAAGCAAGAGGUUUGAGUACAGUUGGAAACAAACAAGAACUCAUCGAUCGCAUGAUUAAUCAUUCAGAAUCUUCAGUUUUAGAUAUCGAGGACACUGUGCUGGAUGAGCACGACAUUCUUGAUGAAGACGACGCCUUAGAAGAUGAUUUGGGUUACUCCGAUAUUGAUGAAUCAAAAGUUCUAGGUGACAUUGCAGAGAAAGAAGAAAAUAAUGUGGAAAAUGGCAAUAUUCAUGAAGAAAAAGAGGUUACACAGGUAACACAACCUAAAAAGGUGACAUUAAAGCGUACUUCUGUAACUGUAUUGAAUGGGGAUGGUAUCAAAUCACAAGACGAAGAGAAAAAAAGUGAAAACAUUGAAGAAUCAGAUGGUAAGGACCGUAUCAUCAAAUUAGAUGAAGUUGAAACUAUGAGUCAAAUUGAGAGAAUACAAAUGAGAGCAAAGAAAUUUGGAGGCGAAGUGUCGGAGGACAAAAAAUUGGCCCGACUAAUUAAAUUUGGUGCUGUAACUGAUCAAAAACCAGUAGCCAAUGCUGAUAAUGACAAAUUAAAAAUGAGAGCUGAGAGAUUUGGUGAAACUGUUUCCAAGACUUUGCAUGAUAGCGAAAAAGAAGACAAACUUAAAGCACGUGAGCUUCGUUUUGGUACAAUUGACAAAACUGUAUUAACAGCUAUUAAGAAACGUACUAAUGGCGAUGUUGGAAAACAGAAGAAUUCUCGAGGUGGUAAAAGGAAUUUUCCAUACAAAAAACGGUAUUAAUCUUUUCUUUUGUAAUGAAUUUACAAAUUGACUGUAUAUUAAUUUUUUUAUAUUGUUUCCCACUAUAAUCAACAAUCCCUUAGGUUUUUAUCUGUAUCAAAAUCGUUAUUAGUAGUGUAUCCGGAAUUAUUUUAAUGAAAUAAAUAAAAGGAAUUUGUACAUUCCUUUAUUAAUCUAAAAACAUUUAAAUUAAUUUAGUUUUACUACACAAUAAAAUCAAAUUUCUUUGUGUGU